GAGAUAAAGGUUCCGUUCACGGUGCACUGCGGGUUGGUUUGUUUUCAACGGCGGUGACGGAGGUUGGGAGCCCGGCCGACUGCAGGCGGGGGCGUCAGGAGGCGGAUUCCUCCUGCCUAAAGAACUGGGGGGGCGGGAGGACAGGAACGGGGCCAGAGGGCCGGGGACCGAGCCGGGAAGACAGAGCAGGCUGAGGCGAUGGAGGGCGACGAGAUGCCGUGGGGGAGCGAGCCGGUCUCGGGUCCUGGUCCCGGAGGCGGCGGAAUGAUCCGCGAGCUGUGCCGGGGCUUCGGCCGCUACCGCCGCUACCUGGGACGCCUGCGGCAGAACCUGCGCGAAACCCAGAAGUUCUUCCGCGACAUCAAGGGCUCCCAUAACCAUAGCUGUCCCUCCUCCCCCACGGAAGGCGGCGGGGCCGAGCGCGGCCCUACCGGCGAUGUCGCCGAGAUCGGGCUGCAGGCGGGCCCGCUGAGCUGCAUUUCCUUCCCACCUAAGGAAGAGAAGUACCUCCAGCAGAUGGUGGACUGCCUCCCCUGCAUCUUGAUCCUCGGCCAGGAUUGUAAUGUCAAGUGCCAGCUGUUGAACCUGCUCUUGGGGGUGCAGGUGCUUCCCACCACCAAGCUGGGCAGUGAGGAGAACUGUAAGCUCCGGCGUCUCCGCUUCACCUAUGGGACUCAGACGCGGGUCAGCCUGGCGCUCCCUGGCCAGUAUGAACUAGUGCACACACUGGUUGCUCACCAGGGCGACUGGGAGACCAUCCCUGAGGAGGACCUGGAGGUCCAAGAGGACAGUGAGGAUGCUGCUCAUGUUUUAGCCGAACUGGAGGUGACGAUGCACCAUGCUCUCUUACAGGAAGUGGACAUUGUGGUGGCGCCGUGCCAAGGCCUCCGGCCCACAGUGGAUGUUCUGGGUGACUUGGCGAAUGAUUUCUUGCCUGUGAUAACCUAUGCACUCCACAAAGAGGAACUCUCUGAGAGGGAUGAACAAGAGCUGCAGGAAAUCCGAAAGUAUUUCUCCUUUCCCAUAUUCUUUUUCAAAGUGCCGAAGCUGGGCUCGGAGAUAAUCGACUCCUCCCCCAGGAGAAUGGAGAAUGAAAGAUCCCCUCUUCAUCGUCAGCUAACUGACCUGGGCUAUCUGAGCAGCAGUCACUGUAACUGUGGGGCCCCCGGCCAGGACACCAAAGCUCAGAGCAUGUUGGUGGAGCAAAGUGAGAAGCUGAGACACUUGAACACGUUUUCGCACCAGGUGCUCCAGACUCGCCUGGUGGACGCAGCCAAGGCCCUGAACCUGGUGCACUGCCGCUGCCUCGACAUCUUUAUCAACCAGGCCUUUGACAUGCAGCGGGACCUGCAGAUUACUCCCAAACGCCUGGAAUAUACACGGAAAAAGGAGAAUGAGUUGUAUGAAUCACUGAUGAAUAUUGCCAACCGAAAGCAGGAGGAGAUGAAGGACAUGAUUGUCGAGACGCUAAACACCAUGAAGGAGGAACUUCUGGAUGAUGCUGCCAACAUGGAGUUUAAAGAUGUCAUUGUCCCUGAGAAUGGAGAACCAGUGGGCACCAGAGAGAUCAAAUGCUGCAUCCGACAGAUCCAGGAGCUCAUCAUCUCCAGGCUUAAUCAGGCAGUGGCUAACAAGCUGAUCAGCUCUGUGGAUUACCUACGAGAGAGCUUUGUCGGAACCCUGGAACGGUGUCUGCAGAGCCUCGAGAAGUCUCAGGACGUCUCGGUUCACAUCACCAGUAAUUAUCUCAAACAGAUCUUAAAUGCUGCAUACCAUGUUGAAGUCACGUUUCACUCAGGGUCCUCAGUUACAAGGAUGCUAUGGGAGCAAAUCAAACAGAUCAUCCAGCGCAUCACAUGGGUGAGCCCACCUGCCAUCACACUGGAGUGGAAGAGGAAGGUGGCCCAGGAAGCAAUUGAGAGCCUCAGUGCCUCCAAGUUGGCCAAGAGCAUUUGCAGCCAAUUCCGGACUCGGCUCAACAGCUCUCAUGAGGCUUUUGCAGCCUCCUUGCGGCAGCUGGAAGCCGGCCACUCAGGCCGGUUGGAGAAAACUGAAGAUCUAUGGCUGAAGGUUCGGAAAGAUCAUGCUCCCCGCCUGGCCCGCCUUUCUCUGGAAAGCCGUUCUUUGCAGGAUGUCUUGCUGCAUCGUAAACCUAAACUAGGACAGGAACUGGGCCGGGGCCAGUAUGGUGUGGUGUACCUGUGUGACAACUGGGGGGGACACUUCCCUUGUGCCCUCAAGUCAGUUGUCCCUCCAGAUGAGAAGCACUGGAAUGACCUGGCUUUGGAGUUUCACUACAUGAGGUCUCUGCCGAAGCACGAGCGACUGGUGGAUCUGCACGGUUCUGUCAUCGACUACAACUAUGGUGGCGGCUCCAGCAUCGCUGUGCUGCUCAUUAUGGAGCGGCUGCACCGAGACCUGUACACCGGGCUGAAGGCUGGGCUGACCCUGGAGACACGUUUGCAGAUAGCACUAGAUGUGGUGGAAGGAAUCCGCUUCCUGCACAGCCAAGGACUUGUCCACCGUGAUAUCAAACUGAAAAAUGUACUGUUGGACAAGCAGGACCGGGCCAAGAUCACUGACUUAGGAUUCUGCAAGCCAGAGGCCAUGAUGUCAGGCAGCAUUGUGGGGACACCAAUCCAUAUGGCCCCUGAACUUUUCACAGGGAAGUAUGACAAUUCUGUGGAUGUCUACGCUUUUGGCAUUCUUUUCUGGUAUAUCUGCUCAGGCUCUGUCAAGCUCCCCGAGGCAUUUGAGAGGUGUACCAGCAAAGACCAUCUCUGGAACAACGUGCGGAGAGGGGCCCGUCCAGAACGCCUUCCAGUAUUUGAUGAGGAGUGCUGGCAGUUGAUGGAAGCCUGCUGGGAUAGUGACCCCUCUCAGAGGCCUCUCUUGGGCAUUGUCCAGCCCAUGCUCCAGGGCAUCAUGGACCGGCUCUGCAAGUCACAUUCUGAGAGGCCAAACCGAGGACUCGAUGAUUCUACUUGAAAGCAAAGACUUUGCUCUUUCACUCCUGAUUUCUUUCCUUCCCCUCACCUUUUGGCAGAAGAAUUGGACAUUGACUCAUUCAAGAGAGCCCCUGAGGGGAUUGAUGCUUGCUGGGCAACCUGAGACCCUCCCAGGCAGAGAUGACUCCUGGAUGGUGAAGAGUUGGAUGGCCCUUGGAGCACAUUCAGCAAUUCACUGGGGCCCCCAAGCUAUUCCUUUAGCCUAAAAAGCACUAUAAAUCUGUUCUGUAUGAACUGUCAAGGAAGGUCUUGCAUUGUCCCCCUUUCCAGCGGGUCUUUUCACUCCAGCUCUAAUCAGGGCUCUGUGCUCCCAUUGUGGAGCCCACAUUCCUAACAUUCUUUGGGCAGCUUAGUCCAUACUCCCAUUUACACAUGGGGGGGGUUAGGUUUUUUCCCACCCAGAGUCCCUUUUCAGUUUAUUCCCCGGUGGCUUAGCCUGUUCUCAGACACAGUUCUCUAGCAGAUUCCCCACAUUUUUUGCCUGAACAGGGAGGGAGCAAGGGAAAGGCUAAUGCUUAGCUAAGGGGGCGAGUAGCUGGGUUACCGUUCAUUUUUUUUAAAAAGUAUUCUGAGAAAAGAUGCAAAAAUAUUCCCGAAAGUCCCCAGGCCAGCCAGAGUCCACAUGUAGAUAUUUGGAAGUGUUAUUUAAACACUCAGCAGGCUGAGUACAGGAAUACAUAUGUAUAACAUGCAUAUACCUUGCUUUUGUUUUAUAACAUUGUCUGCUAAUUUGGGGUUCGUGUUCCUUGGCACCCAUUAUUUAAGUGAUGGGAUGCCAUAAAAUGUACUGUAUUGUAUAUUACUUGGGAAGACACUAGAUAUUCAAAGUCUGGCAGCACUUGGACUGGAGAGGGCUCAACAAGACCAAAGUCCUGAAAUUUUUACCUCCUAGCUUUGGUUGUGUGUGCUCUCAAGUCGUGAGGUGAGAUGGUGGCUGGGGGACGAGGAAGGAUGGGCCGAAAGAAUUACCCUUACCGUGUUCCGUCCUUCUUCCCAACUUCAUUAGAGCAGUUUACCCCAGCCUGAAAAUGAUCACCUGGCCAUUUUUAAUGUGCUUGAAGUCAGGUCACUUAAGUUGCUUCAGAACCAAGUGAGGGAUCUUCCUGCGGAGCAAUCAGAAGUGGUGGAGCCUGGGGCUCCAGAGCAGCUGCCCUUGUGCCUGGGGAGCCAGCGGCAAGGUCAUUCUGGGUGGGUGGAGGAAUGCUCUCGCUUGGGCGAGGUUUCCCCAGGCUAGCCCUGGUUCCCUUGAUCCUCUGCAGAGUGGCUCACUGACUGAGCAAGCCUUUCACUUCUCUGGGAAGGAGACCUGUGCUGGUUCUUCCCAGACCAAAGAGAGUCACCUAUGACUCCAUCAGUUUCAAGAGGACAGAGCCUAGGCAGCACCUUCUCCAAAUUUUAACACUAAAAUUCAAGGAAAGAGUGAAGGGAAAGCUACAUUACGACCAUGGAUAGAAACAGGGGACGGGUGAAAUUCUCAACAGUACCUGUUGUUGCUAUCCAAUGCGUUUUGUUUUUUUUGGGUUUUUUUUUUUUUUGCGUUUUUGCUUGAGCUGCCAAAGAGUUGUGGUCAAAGUGUUUUUUCCUGAUCAGAGAAGUGGUUUGGGGUGGCAGGGCUGCAAAGUGAUAACUGCACUGAAUGACACUUUAUUUGGGGGCUAUUUAGCACUGAGAAGCCAUGGGGGAUUGGUGAUUACAAUAGCACUUUGGGGAACAGAGACUCCCUCUGACCUUGCUCUGGAGAGAAGGCAUGUGUGGUAUUCCAUCUGACUAAUCAGGGAAACUGCGAAGUCCCUAUGUGUCAGAGUGAGAUAAAUGGCCCUUGAAGAGUCCAUUGCUAAAAGAAUAAUUGCUUUCUUUGAGUUUUCAAAGCUUGAUGUUUGAAUUUGCUGGAUCAAAUAACCCACUCUUUCUUUAAAAGAAAAAAAAAAAGCUUUAUCCUUUUAAAUAAAAAUAAGGGGAUGGGGUGGGUGGGGGCUAGUGUGAUGUUUCAAUGAGUUGGGAGGGCGUGACCUUGAGAAACUUGUAUUGCAGACUCCCUUGGGGAGUUUAAGUAGCACUACUGUUCUUGAAAGGGUUUUAUUUUUACCUUCACCUGCUCUGCUAACAUCCAGUCCAACUGGGCUGAUUUGAAGAGACCACGUGUGAACACCUGACAUUGGGGGACCACCUUGAAAAGGCGAUUAAUUGGUCUGAACAGCUUGUUGUCUUCUGUGUUUAUGUAAUGUUUUUGUUUGUUUUAAAGGACUAAUGUUUAUUAUUCCAGUGUUAAGUGAAAGUGUAAUAUACUAAGUGUGUAGAAUAAAAGUGCAAUAACAAGAGAAAAUAACUUUGGCACAAACUUCACUUCUUCCACUCUCUCCCUUCUUGUGCUACCUGUCUCUUUCCAUAAUAUUGUUACAGCAGGACAGUGUUAAUUGUGUGUAUUUUUUAAGAGAGGCAACUAUGGGUUCAGUCUUCAUUUAGUGUAAUUUUGAAUGGCUAGGUUUGAUUUUAUAUUGUGUAUACUUGUCGGGAUGCACAAAUACCAGAUGUGCUGUACAAUAAAGAUGACAUUAACGUUUUA